AUGUUUGAGGCCCGUGUACUUAGAUUUAGGUGCACGUUAAAGAACCCCAGGUGGUCAAAAUUUACGGAGCCCUCCACUACGGCGUCUCUCAUAAUCAUAUGGUGGUUUUGGGACGUUAAACCCCAGAAAAAAAAAAAAAGUACGUCAAUCAACCUCACGCUUUACUACGAAGGGCUGUGUCCAGACUGCCACGACUUCUUCAUCGACCAGCUGUGGCCAACCUACAACAAGCUGGAAGAGUACAUUGACGUCGACCUCGUGCCUUUCGGAAAAGCGCACAUGAAGGUCGCGAACGACACGUCACCUUCGAGUGCCAACACGGUCCUCAAGAGUGCUACGUCAACCAGGUGCAGAACGUGUGCCGUCAAGACGAUCCUACUAAGGCGGGGCAGCCCUGCGCCGAGGAAAAUUGGAACGUACUGGCCAGUCCUGGACAAAUGCAGCCGGGGACCCGAGGGUGAAAAGCUAUUCCGGGAAAUGGGCGAGCGAACGCUCGCACUCAAGCCACCGAUGAAGUGGGUGCCCUAUGUGCAGAUCAACGGAGCACACGAUGACGCCAUGGAAAGCUUGGUCGAGAAGGAUUUGUUUGGCUUCGUCUGCAAGCUCCUAGAACCCAGCGCCCCUAGAGAUCGGGAGCAGAGGCUAAAGGCUAUAUAG